GAAAAUAUAACAAAAAUGAAAACCUACCUAUAUCUAUCCAUUUUGCUAAGGAGCAUUCCACAUCAAAGUUCAGUUGCGGUGAUCAACCACAAACAUACAGAAUCCACACAGUAUUUCCACCACCAGACAAACCACAGCAUGUGGCUCUUCACGAUAAUCUCGGCUGCCUGGCUGCUGGCUAGCCCAGCUCAGGGUGGCAUAAAAGAGAUCGGCUCGCACUUCAGUCAGCCCACCUCUGACCCCGACCCGAGGGGAUUUGAUCGGACCGGGCUUACAGACAUGGGCGCCAUCCCACCUGACUUCCACAAAGAGAAUACGGUCACUAGCGACCUCCCGUACGACGGUUUCGACGACGACGACUACAUCGACUUUGAUAAAAUCCUCGGCGAGGGUAGCGAUGAUUACAGUGAGGGGGAUGAGAUCGAUGAGAUCGCCACACCCGCUCCAGACAUCGACAUCUUCGCAGAGCCCUCCGACCCCAAGACGCGCCGCGCAAGGCUGCUGAGGCUGUUCCACGGACGCUCACGCCUCCAGCGCAUCAACAUGGUCAACGCCCACUUUGGCUUCAAUCUCUACCGGAGCCUCCGUAACCACGUCAACCAAACCGACAACAUCCUGCUGGCGCCCGCCGGCAUCUCCAUUGCCAUGGCGAUGGUUUCGCUAGGAGCGGGGUCUUCGACGCACGAGCAGCUCUACAACGCUCUUGGGUUCGCCGAAUUCGUCAACGCGAGCCAUCACUAUGAAAACGCCACGGUGCACAAGCUCUUCAGGAAGCUGACCCAUAGGCUUUUCCGGAGGAACUUUGGGUACACUUUGCGCUCUGUGAACGACGUCUACGUGAAGAAGGACGUCGUAGUGAAGGACGUGUUCCGGGCCGAAACCAAGGCCUUUUACUACGCAGAGCCCCAGUCAGUGGACUUCCGGGACCCCGCCUUCCUGACCAAGGCCAAUCAGCGGAUCUCUAAGAUCACCAAAGGACUGAUCAAGGAACCCCUCAAGGCUGUGGACCCCAACAUGGUGUUGAUGUUGCUGAACUACCUGUACUUCAAAGGUACCUGGGAGCAGAAGUUCCCCAAAGAGGCGACUCACUAUCGGAACUUCCGGAUUAAUGAAAAGACCACCGUACGGGUGCCCAUGAUGAGUAAUAAGGCUAACUACCAGGCAGCUGCUGACCAUGAACUGGAGUGUGACAUCCUGCAGCUCCCAUACACAGGAAACAUAAGCAUGCUCAUUGCCCUUCCCAACAAGAUAUCUGGUAUGAGGGACUUGGAAAAGGAAAUCUCCCCUACUAUAAUCAACAAGUGGCUCAAAAACAUGACCAAUAGGACCCGUGAGGUGGUGCUUCCAAAGUUUAAACUCGAGCAGAACUACGAUCUGAUCUCCAAUCUCAAGGAGAUGGGUGUGACCGACUUGUUCCAGGAGAAUGGAGACUUCUCUGGAAUGACUGACCAAGAGGUUUCCAUCAACUGGCUACAGCACCAGGGAACCAUCACAGUGAAUGAGGAGGGCACGGAGGCCGCAGCUCUGACCCAAGUGGGCUUCAUGCCCCUGUCCACCCAGAACCGAUUCGUGGUGGACCACCCCUUCCUGUUCCUCAUCUAUGAGCACCGCACAGACUGCCUUGUGUUCGUGGGCCGCGUGGUGGACCCUUCACAGAGCUAAGGCCCACCCUGACCCACUUAGUUGCUCUACCCUUCCUCCAGUGCCCCCCUCAAAACCCCUGUGUCUGUAGAGACCACCACAGGGUUCCUAAUGAGUUGAAAAAUAUUCAAUGAAUCUGAGGCAAUAUCUACACCAGACCGAUUGUUAUGGUAUUAUAUCCAGAAUGUCCUUUGCCAAUCCUUUACUUACUAGGUCAAAGUGAAUACAAAACCUGAUUGAUGAUUUCCUGCGUCUGGGCAUGUGCAAUGGUGCCGUUAUAAUAAUUUCUAAGUAUGCACAGUAAGCACAGCAUAACUAAAUCAUGAAUAACUAAAUACCAAACUAACCAAUAGGCGAAAAAGGUCAGGUUACAUUUGUUAAUCUACCCUUUUUUCUUUAAGAAGAUUGAUCUAGUUAUCUCUUACAAAUAAAUAAAUGAUUGCAUUGGAAAUACAACUGCACACGAUAAGUUAGUUUAAACAUGUUCUCUUUGUCAUCUUUCAUAAAAUGUUAUGUUUUAAAUGGAAAAUGUCAACACGAUGCAACCCGACCAAAUCGAUGGGUAGGAACAACCCACCGGGUAAAUAUUUGUCUGAAAAGUUAAAUACUAACCAAUACCCUUCCAGGUGUAUUCGCUUCUAUAACCUCUAUAGUGCGAGAUAAAUCAGGGUUGUUUCGGAAGAGGGGUCCAACAUCCAUACUUACCACAGCUAUGACUGGAAUCAAGACCCCCAGGUUACCAGCACUGCCUGAUGCCUGAGAAGCAAUAAAGAAAGCAAACGUUUAAAUUCAA